ACGCUUCUUAUCAAAAUGGUCUCCCGCUACAUUAGGCACCUUCAGGCUACCUGAUAUAGAUAAUGAGCCUAUGAAAAGUUAUCCACCAGCUAGCGAGGAUCGCGUAAAGCUUCAAACUGCAUUAAAGGAACUUCGAAAUGAUGCGCCGGUCGAAAUUCCCGUUUUCGUUAAUGGAAAAGAGGUUUACACUGGAAAGAUAGCAGAACAAAGGAAUCCGUCAGAUCAUAUUUCCAUAUUAGCGAAAUAUCACGAAGCCGAUCCAUCAGUUGUCAAAGAAGCCAUCGAAGGGGCACUGGCUAUUAAGCCUAUUUGGGAAGCUUAUCCAAUAGCCGAUAGAUCGGCUAUCUUCUUGAAAGCUGCUGAUUUGGCGGCUGGUAAAUACCGUUAUAAACUUUUGGCUGCUACAAUGCUCGGACAAGGCAAGAAUGCAUGGCAAGCUGAAAUUGACGCAGCAGCUGAAACGAUAGACUUUUGGCGAUUUAAU